AUGGCCGAUAUUACAGAUCAACACGAUCAAAACUCCCCAUCAGCUCUCGAUGAACACGCUGUCGGAAAUGGAAACCCAAAUGCUGGAACCGAUGCUCGUGGUAUUAAACGCGCAAGACCUACCACCGCAGACGAUGACGACGAUGAUGAUGAUAAACCCGGUCGCGAAAGAAGAAAAAUCGAGAUCAAGUUUAUUACAGAUAAAUCGCGUCGCCACAUCACAUUUUCCAAAAGAAAGGCUGGUAUCAUGAAGAAGGCAUACGAAUUGUCAGUCUUGACAGGAACCCAAGUCCUGCUCUUAGUCGUGUCCGAGACCGGUCUUGUAUACACCUUCACAACACCAAAGCUACAACCUUUGGUCACAAAGGCGGAAGGAAAGAAUCUAAUUCAGGCCUGCUUGAAUGCACCCGAACCUACCGGCAAUGGCGAGAACGGAGUUGAUGAUGGAAAUACUGUCGAAUCACCCGAAGAACCAACUCCACAGCAUUUACCGCCACAACAGCAAGGUCGCCCUGGAAUGCCACAACAACAGGCAUCGCAAAUGCACCCAGGCUAUGCCGUGCAGGGGCUAUCGCACGAACAACAACAGGCGAUGGCGUAUCAAAAUUAUAUGGCUCAACAACAAAGAGGAGGAUACAUGCCUCCACAAGCUGGUAUUCCACAGCAGCAAACGCAUCAAUCAUAA